UUGUAUUUCUUUAAUACAUUAACGUUCAUCUUCUGUCAAAAAUCCACCUUACGUUAAAAUUUCCCUCCCGUUACUUGUUUGUACCUCCGCGGCUGCCGUCCCUCGUGUUGCCAUAGCGACUCAAACAGUAUCUAGUGAUGGCGGCCCAAAGCACGUCAGAGCUUUAUAAAGCUGUGUGCGCUGAGAGAAAGGUAAAAGUGAAUCCGUACGUUUCGCAGUCAUUGAAGAAGACGCCGUUAACGGGGAAGUUCACCCUAAAACUUCCAGGAAAUGUCAGACAGGUUCAGAGACUCAGUGACGACGACGUCCUCGAUCUCUGUAAAUGUCUCCAACAUAACAAGUGUGUUACAGGUCUUGAUCUGAGGUACAACAACAUAACAAAUGAAGGAGUUGAACACCUUGCUAAGCUCCUGCAAGAGGAGAAAUCAUCUCUGAGUUGUUUGGAUUUAAUGUUUAACGACAUCCAGGCCAAUGGAGCUCAAGUCCUCGCCAGCAGCCUGCAGGGUAACAGCACCCUGCUCUCUCUCAGGCUGUCAGGUAACAAGAUCGGGAGAGGAGGAGGUUUGGAACUGGCCAGCAUGCUGCAGGAGAACUGCGCGCUGCAGGAGCUGGAAGUGGCCGACUGCGACCUGGACACCAGCAGUAUUAUAGCGCUCAUCAUCAUGCUGCAGAAAAACAAGGCUCUUUGCUCUGUUGAUAUCAGCCGCCCGCUGCUCUUCAGCCAUCAGGAGGAGUGGGCAGUGCACUGCUCUAAGAUGCUGGCAGUGAAUAGCAGCCUGAUGGAGCUCCACCUGGGGAGGAUGGGGAUGACCGACACUGGGAUAGAGCAGCUCACUGAAGGCCUGGGGCGGAACCACAGCCUGCGCUACCUGGACCUGUGCAGCAACCAUGUGACCUGUGACGGUGCGUUUCAUCUCGCCAUGAUGCUGACGCAGAACAGGGCCCUGGAGAUUUUAGAUCUGUCAUCCAAUCAGAUUGGAGAUGGUGGAGCUGGGUACCUGAGCAAAGCCAUCACCUGUCCGCGCAGCACCCUCAAAGAGCUGUCUGUGUGCAGAAACAACAUCACAUCAGAGGGUCUGCUGUUGUUGGCUCAGGCUGUGAAAUCCAACUCGACUCUGACUCACAUGUACAUCUGGGGAAACCACCUGGAGGAGCCCGUAUGCCAGGCUUUCAAGGAGCUGAUAUCCAGCGGCCGGCUGCAUCCAGAACAGACAGAUGUAAGCCCCUAUGAGGUGGAUGGUCACGUGUUCCUCGCUGAGGUCUUCCAGCGUUUGAGGAAACCAGUUUACAACAUCGACUGUAAUGUGCAGAGGAAUGGCAACAAAAGGAAAGACUUCACUGAGUGAAAAAGGAUGAAGAUCCAAUGCAGCUGGUUUCAGGAGAUAAUGAAAAAGCCUGAACACCUUCUCUACAAAAACAGGCUCCACCUUCAAUACUGUCAUCCCACACAAACUCACUCACAAGCUGGCAACACUCGGCCUGCACCCCACCCUCUGUGACUGGCUACAUGACUUUUUGACUGGCAGGCCCCAGACCGUCAGGAUCGGCAACAGGACUUCAGCCCGCAUUAGGAAACAGACAUCUGAGGGGUGUACCUGGCAUACGGGCUCCUCCAGGUGAUUUCCCCAGAUGUACAUGUGAGUCAGAGUCGAGCUGGAUUUCUCAGCCUGAGCCAACAACAGCAGACCCUCUGAUGUGAUGUUGUUUCCGCACACAGACAGCCUUGCACAGAGCGCAGGAGCAAAGGGGUGUAACCCAGCUGAUACCUCGGUGCUCUGAUGACACCAACAGAAGUCACUCAGCCCCCGUAAACAGAGAUAAAC